AUGCCUCCCCAAACUGACAGACUAGGUCAAGAAGAUUUGAAUCCUCUGAAAGCUCUGCAGACGGAAUUGGAUGCAUUAACCACCCAUGACAGGUGUGAUAACCUGCAUGGAAGGGGGCUGGACCCGAUGCCUCCAAGAGAGAUCCCUAACAACCAUAUGAUUCUAUGAAAUUACAAAGGCGCAUAAGCAUUUUGGAUAACAUAGUCUUGUCAACACAAGGGAAGUUUUUAAUGUUUGCUGUUUUAUUGUGCUUUUAAUAUUCUGUUGGGAGCUGCCCAGAGUGGCUGGGGAAACCCAGCCAGAUGGGCGGAGUAUAAAUAAUUUUUAUUAUUAUUAUUACACAGAUUGAAAACUCAGCACUAGAACUGUGGCAAGUGUACAUAGACAGGAGUCUAGUUCUAGAACCGUAAUUUUUGACUGAACAUGGUGAAUUCUAAGGUAAAGGUAAAGGGGACCCCUGACCAUUAGGUCCAGUGGUGGCUGACUCUGGGGUUGUGGCGCUCAUCUCGCUUUAUUGGCUGAGGGAGCCGGCGUACAGCUUCGGGGUCAUGUGGCCAGCAUGACUAAGCCGCUUUUGGUAAACCAGAGCAGCGCACGGAAACGCCGCUUACCUUCCCACCGGAGCGGUACCUAUUUAUCUACUUGCACUUUGACGUGCUUUCAAACUGCUAGGUUGGCAGGAGCAGGGACCGAGCAACAGGAGCUCACCCUGUCAUGGGGAUUCGAAGCACGACCUUCUGAUCGGCAAGUCCUAGGCUCUGUGGUUUAACCCACAGCACCACCCGUGUCCCUUAGAUGGUGAAUUCUCAAGAGACCUUUUUUUUUUUUAAUUUUUAAUUUUUUUAUUUAUUUCUAGUCCCCUAUUUUUCCAGAGGCAAUGAGAUGUCGAACAAGAAGAAUAUAUGGAGGAGACUCCUCCUGGAGAGACUGCCAGAGAGCCAGGAGAAUUGCCCACAGAGCCCAUGAUAGGUUCCUCCACAUUCCUGCCUCCUGCCUCGACUGGGGGCUGGCCAAAGGAAACACUCUCCCAAUCAUUCUGUUCCCACCCAGCAUUCCCAAAUCUGCCGCUUCGCCCUUGCAGCUGUCAGCGCUACAUACUUUACAUAGAUUCCUUCUCAGCACUCACGAACUCUCCCGCCUGGCUCUGCGAGAGCCAAACACAUCCAAGAAGCCAAACGCACAUCCAAAAACAGCUCUCAUUAGUCUGAUCUCCAUCCCUAACUAGAUCCGAGUCCCACAUCCCCAGUCAGAAGUGACUUUGGAGGGCACCGUUAGGCGGUUGUGGAUUGCCAGGCACUGCCCACAAGUCUGGGCAUUGCACCUGGAUUCUAACCUAUGCUACCCAGCAUCCAUUUAGUGCAUCAGCUGGGCCCAAUUUGUUUGCUUUUAAAAGCUAGCCAAAUUAGAGACAACAUUAUUAUCAUUAAUAAUAUUAAUACUUGAUUGAAAACAACAACAACAACCAACCUCAAAGCAGUUAUCAAAAAAGACAAAGCAAUUAAAUUAUCAAGAAGAAUCCACGACAACAAUCUAAAACUUGGGGAAAGUUAAAGUAACAGCAGACUAAAAACAGAUUAAAGCUCACAACAACUGUCUAAACAUCUGGGUAGGCUUGUCUAAACCAAAACAAAAAAUGUUUUUGCAGGAGUUGAAAUGAGUACAGUGAAAGUUUUUGCCUGAUAUCAAUAGACUAGGAGUUCCAAAGAGCAGAAAAGACUUUUUAUGUCUGUGACAAGAGCCGCACGGAUGCUAAUGGCCCAGAGAUGGAAAGAAGACAAAGUCCCUACCAGAGAGGAAUGGCAAACCAAGCUGUUGGACUACGCAGAAAUGGUUGGAUAGUGUUCUCGAAGCUACCAGCAUGAGUUUGACCAAACUGUGGGAGGCAGUGGAAGACAGGAGUGCCUGGCGUGCUCUGGUCCAGGGGGUCACGAAGAGACGGACACGACUAAACGACUAAAAACCUAGGACUUGCCAAUCAGAAGGUCGCGGUUCAAAUCCCCGUGAUGGGGUGAGCUCCCGUUGCUCAGUCCCUGCUCCUGCCAACCUACCAGUUCAAAAGCACAUCAAAGUGCAAGUAGAUAAAUAGGUACCGCUCUGGCGGAAAGGUAAACGGUGUUUCCAUGCGCUGCUCUGGUUCGCCAGAAGCGGCUUAGUCAUGCUGGCCACAUGACCCGGAAGCUGUACGCCGGCUCCCUCGGCCAAUAAAGCGAGAUGAGCGCCGCAACCCCAGAGUCGGUCAAAACUGGACCUAAUGGUCAGGGGUCCCUUUACCUUUACCUUAUCCUGUGCUAACUUCCAAUUCUACAAUUCUGUGACUGUAUUUUCUCAGCAGUCACCAACGUCCAAAUAUUUUUAUAGCCUAGCGCAAGAUCUGAGUGCUGCCAGUUUUGGUGUGUGUGUGUGUUUGUGUGCAAACCAUCUUCACCCAGAUCCUCUUUGGAAGAGGAGCUGCCUAUCGUGGGCAUGACGAUGGGAUUAAAUCGGUUUGCAUUAAAAUGUGAAUCCAAUUAAUUUCUCUCCCAGCCCCGGCUGACAUUGUGCUUUUGUUGGGUUAUGCUAAUACUGUUGGAAGAAGCAUAGAGGCAGGGAGAGCAUGGAUGAUGCAUUCGGCUUCUAGACCAGCUGCUUUCCUUGGAAUUGACAUAAUUGAUUCACUCGGCGUUAAUGGAGAAAAACUGUUCGUUGCAUUCCAGAGAUUUCUCUGUUGUCCUUCCAUCUUUCCAGCUCACCAUAUUUCUUCAUCAUUUUUUUUUUUUAAGUUUUCAGGAACAUUUAUUAGCAUUUCUUUUUUUUCAAUUUUUUAAUUGAUUUUCACAUUUAUCACAAAGAAACAAAGAAAGGAGAGAUUGCAGGGCAGCAGUUGAAGAAGGAGCAAAAAGGGUUUUCUUGUGUGUGUGUGUUUCUUUGUGGCUGAUUGGCUGCUCUCCCUGUGCAAAGGUCAGAGGGGGCAGGGUUUCUGUUGAGGCAGGUGAUUAGCUGUGGGAGGAGCUUAUCAGAGAUUGCAGGGCAGCGGCGCGCCUAGCGGCGCGCGCAGUUUGAUCCAUCUUUUAGAUUUAGGGGAGCUAGUCUCAAACGUUUGUUGGGGAAGACCUAGGUUUUUUUGUGGGGGGAGUUAUUUUUCCUGUCUUCACGCUUUUUAUGAUGGAGGACCACUGUAGCCACCCCCAACGACACGUUCUCAAGAUGGAGGGGGAGGGAACAGCUGCAGUCGCCUGCGGUUCCUGCGCAAUGCUUGCCAUCUUGCCAAAGGUUGCAGGCAGCUUUACCUGCAGCAAUUGCAUGUUGAUUGCCCUCUUAAAAGACAAAGUCCAGCAACUGGAGGAACGUGUAGCUACGCUCCAAAGAAUUAGAGAGCUGGAGCUCUUCUUGGAAGCAUCAGAGCACACCGUCUCCACCAAGGAGGAGACAGGGGACUCCCCUGAGAAGGACGCUAGUUCACCAACACAGGAGCCAGAUAUAUGGAGAAACGUGACUCAAAGAAGUAGGAGGCCCAGGGUUCGUUCUGAUUGUUUAGAAAUACACAAUCGCUUUGAGGUCCUCUCCCCUAGCAUGGAAGACGAAGAGCAGACUCCAUUUGAGGAUCUCUCCCUCAUUACAGUCGAUCAGGUAUAUGAAGACGAGCAGCAAAGUCAGUCCUCAGGGAAUGUGCAGGCGACCUUGGAGCGGACAGCUCAUGGAAGAACCCCGGCCAAACCUAAGAGGAGGCGUGUAGUGGUGAUAGGGGAUUCCCUACUGAGGGGAACAGAAGCAGUGAUCUGUGGGCCUGACAAGAUGUCUCGGGAAGUGUGCUGUCUCCCCGGGGCUAAGAUCCAAGAUGUAACUGAACGACUGCAAGGAAUCAUAAAACCCACUGACAAAUACCCCUUCCUCUUGGUUCAUGUGGGAACCAAUGACACUGCAAGCAAUAGCCUCCAGAAGAUCAAAAGAGACUACGAGGCUCUGGGCAGGAAAUUGAAGCAAUUAAAUGCACAAAUUGUGAUCUCAUCUGUCCUCCCAGUUGAACGACGUGGCCCAGGGAGAGAGGGGAAAAUAGUGGAAGUGAACAGCUGGCUUCGCAAAUGGUGUAAACAGGAACGGUUUGGAUUCUUAGAUCACGGACUGCAGUUUCUUGAAGAUGGACUUCUGGCAAGCGAUGGGCUGCACCUCACAACGGUUGGGAGAAAUGUUUUUGCCAAAAAUCUCAGAAACCUCAUCAGGAGGGCUUUAAACUGACUAAUGUGGGGAGGGAGAUAGUGCUCCUGAAGGUAGGAGUCUAUCAAUUGAUGAAGAUGAUCAUCCAAAUGUCAUAGACCAAAUGGAGCAAACAGCACACAGACCUAGUGGUGGGAGGAAAAAUCCUUAAAUAAGAGUCACGGGGAAUGAUUAAUGGACUUCAGUGUCUGUACACUAAUGCGCAAAGCAUGGGAAAUAAACAAGAUGAGCUUGAGCUCUUGGUACAGCAAACUAAAUAUGACAUAAUAGGCAUCACUGAAACCUGGUGGGAUAAGUCCCACGAUUGGAAUGUAAUAAUUGGGGAUACAAUCUAUUUCAGAGAAACAGACCAGACAAGAAAGGAGGAGGAGUGGCGUUAUAUGUCAGGGAUGUGUAUACCUGUGAAGAGAUCCAAGAUUUAGAACCUCAAAGCCAAAGUGAGAGCAUUUGGGUCAAAAUUAAGGGAGAGAAGAAUAACAGUGACCUCAUUGUGGGAGUUUACUAUAGAUCCCCAAGCCAAACGGAGGACAUAGAUGAUGCCUUCCUGGAACAGAUGGCCAAGCAUGCAAAAGGAAGGGAGAUAGUAGUAAUGGGGGACUUCAAUUACCCGGAUAUUUGUUGGAUGUCAAACUCAGCCAAGAGCAUAAGGUCAAACAGAUUCCUCACUGGCCUUGCAGACAACUUCAUUGUCCAGAAAGUGGGAGAAGCAACAAGAGGAACAGCCAUUUUAGAUCUGGUCCUAACCAAUGUUGAUGACCUGGUUAGUGGGGUAGAAGUGGAAGGAUCAUUAGGCGCAAGUGAUCAUGCUCUUCUGAAGUUUACUAUACAGCGGAAAGGAGCAGCCAAGCAUACUAGGACUCAAUUUCUUGACUUUAAGAAAGCUGACUUCAUAAAACUUAGGGAAGUGCUGGGUGAGAUCCCAUGGACAGUAAUACUAAAAGGAAAGGGAGUUCAUGAUGGCUGGGAGUUUGUUAAGAGGGAGAUACUAAAAGCACAACGUCAGGCAAUACCAAUGAGACGGAAACAUGGAAGGUGCCUAAAGAAGCCAGGGUGGCUAUCUAAAGAACUUUUAACUGAGUUAAGAUUAAAAAAGGAUGUGUACAAAAAUGGAAAAGGGGGAAUCCACCAAAGAGGAAUUCAAACAAAUAGCCAGCACGUGUAGACACAAAGUCAGAAAAGCUAAAGCACAGAAUGAACUCAGGCUUGCUAGAGAGGUUAAAAGCAACAAAAAGGCUUUUAUGGGUAUGUCCGUAGCAAAAGGAAGAACAAAGAAACAGUGGGGUCACUCAGAGGAGAAGAUGGUGAAAUGCAAACAGGGGACACAGAAAGAGCUGAACUCCUCAAUGCCUUCUUUGCCUCAGUCUUCUCCGAUAAAGAAAACAAUGCCCGACCUGAAGAAUUUGGAGCAAAUGAUUCAGCAAAGGAAACACAGCCCAGAAUAACUAAGGAGAUAGUACAAGAAUACUUGGCUAGUUUAGAUGUAUUCAAGUCUCCAGGGCCAGAUGAACUGCAUCCAAGAGUAUUAAAAGAACUGGCAGAUGUGAUCUCAGAACCACUGGCAGUCAUCUUUGAGAAUUCCUGGAGAACAGGCGAAGUCCCGGCAGACUGGAGGAGGGCAAAUGUUGUCCCUAUUUUCAAAAAGGGGAAAAGAGAGGACCCAAAUAAUUACCGCCCAGUCAGUCUGACAUCAAUACCAGGGAAGAUUCUGGAGCAGAUCAUUAAGCAAACAGUCUGUGAGCACCUAGAAAGGAAUGCUGUGAUCACCAAUAGUCAGCAUGGAUUUCUGAAAAAUAAGUCAUGUCAGACUAACCUGAUCUCGUUUUUUGACAGAAUUACAAGCCUGGUGGAUGAAGGGAACGCAGUGGAUGUAGCCUACCUUGAUUUCAGCAAGGCAUUUGACAAGGUGCCUCAUGAUAUUCUUGUAAAGAAGCUGGUAAAAUGUGGUCUUGACUAUGCUACCACUCAGUGGAUUUGUAACUGGCUGACUGACCGAACCCAAAGGGUGCUCAUCAAUGGUUCCUCUUCAUCCUGGAGAAGAGUGACUAGUGGGGUGCCACAGGGUUCUGUCUUGGGCCCGGUCUUAUUCAACAUCUUUAUCAACGACUUGGAUGAUGGACUCAAGGGCAUCCUGAUCAAAUUUGCAGAUGACACUAAAUUGGGAGGGGUGGCUAACACCCCAGAGGACAGGAUCACACUUCAAAACGACCUUGACAGAUUAGAGAACUGGGCCAAAACAAACAAGAUGAAUUUUAACAGGGAGAAAUGUAAAGUAUUGCACUUGGGCAAAAAAAUGAGAGGCACAAAUACAAGAUGGGGGACACCUGGCUUGAGAGCAGUACAUGUGAAAAGGAUCUAGGAGUCUUGGUUGACCACAAACUUGACAUGAGCCAACAGUGUGACGCGGCAGCUAAAAAGCCAAUGCAAUUCUGGGCUGCAUCAAUAGGAGUAUAGCAUCUAGAUCAAGGGAAGUAAUAAUGCCACUGUAUUCUGCUCUGGUCAGACCUCACCUGGAGUACUGUGUCCAGUUCUGGGCACCACAGUUCAAGAAGGACAUUGACAAACUGGAACGUGUCCAGAGGAGGGCAACCAAAAUGGUCAAAGGCCUGGAAACGAUGCCUUAUGAGGAACGGCUAAGAGAGCUGGGCAUGUUUAGCCUGGAGAAGAGGAGGUUAAGGGGUGAUAUGAUAGCCAUGUUCAAAUAUAUAAAAGGAUGUCACAUAGAGGAGGGAGAAAGGUUGUUUUCUGCUGCUCCAGAGAAGCGGACACGGAGCAAUGGAUCCAAACUACAAGAAAGAAGAUUCCACCUAAACAUUAGGAAGAACUUCCUGACAGUAAGAGCUGUUUGACAGUGGAAUUUGCUGCCAAGGAGUGUGGUGGAGUCUCCUUCUUUGGAGGUCUUAAGCAGAGGCUUGACAACCAUAUGUCAGGAGUGCUCUGAUGGUGUUUCCUGCUUGGCAGGGGGUUGGACUCGAUGGCCCUUGUGGUCUCUUCCAACUCUAUGAUUCUAUGAUUCUAUGAUUCUAUGAUUCUAUGAAACAAGAAAAACAUUACAAGACAUAGAACAAAGAAAAAAGACACAAAAAAGAGUUAUUACUUCAAAUCCCUAAUUUCUUUACAUUAAUAACUGACUUCCUCAAAUCCCCUCUAACUGAAUUUCAUUAUAAUACCUGUUUAACAGUUCUCCAAAUUCAUAUUUCUAAUAAUAUUAACUCCUUUCAUUUACUAAUCUCUUCUCCUUUAUCACUAUUCUAAUCCUUAAUAUUUACUAGCACAUAUUCUUACUCUACCCCUAAGCCUAUUAAUUUCUUCCAAUAAUUUUCUAUUUAUCUUAUCUUACAAUAUUUAGCUAAAUAUUCUUUUAAUUUCUUCCAAUCCUCUUGUAUCUCCUCUUUCUUCUGGUCGCGGAUUCUUCCAGUCAAGUCAGCCAGCUCCAAAAAGUCCAACAUCUUCAUCUGCCAAUCUUCUAUUGUUGGUAUCUCUUGCGAUUUCCAGUUUUUGGCUGAUAAAAGUCUUGCCACUGUAUGCCACUGUAGUGGCAUACAAAAACAGUCUAACAUCUUUUUUGGGCAAUUCCAGUCCUAUUAUUCCAAGUAGAAAGGCUUCUGGUUUCUUAAUAAAUGUAUUUUUCAACAUUUUUUUCAACUCAUUAUAAAUCUUUUCCCAGAAGUCUUUCACCUUAGGACAUGCCCACCACAUAUGAUAAAAAGUACCUUCUUUUUCUUUGCAUUUUCAACAUAGAUUAUCAUUUGUGUGGUACAUUUAUUAACAUUUCAGGGCACAUUUUCCCCACUGUAUACACACAUAUGUAUGCCUUUUCAUUUAGUAUAUACAUUUUUAAAGCUUGUUUUCUGCUGCUCCAGAGGGGAAGGCCUGAACCGAUGGAUUCCAAUGGCAAGAAAAGAGAUUCCAGAUAAACACCAGGAACAGCUUUCAGAGGGUAAGAGCUGCUUCAGUGUGGGAUGGACUUCCUUGGAAGGUUAGGCAGAGGUUGGAUAGCCAUCUGUCAGGGAUUCUGGAGCUGUGAUUCCUGCAUUGCCGAGGUAUGGACUGGAUGACCCUUGAUGGGCUUGCCAGCUCUAUCAUUCUACAAUUCUGUGACUCAGAAGCAGCUUCAGCACUGCUGGUUCCUGAUAAUAAUAAUAAUUAAUUAAAUUUGUAUUCUGCCGUAUACCUGCAAGCUGCUGGCACACCCUUGGGGUUUUUGCAAGUGCCAUGCUCAACUACACAACAGCCACUGAAUGAAGUCUGCAUCCUUAAAGCUUUCUAUUAGGAGCACAUCUCCUUGUGCUUGGUUCUAACUUACUAGUGAAAAGAAUCUUUUUAGGACUUGGCUGGAAGUCUGUUUAAAACAAAAGAUUAGGUUAUUUGCCAACCACUUUUAGCUGGGAUUACUGCCAGUCUGGAGCUACUUACGUUGCUGCAGAUCUCGCUAAUCUUUCUGGACCUUGGAAUUGCUGAUAUGGAAACUUUAUUUAAGCAUAAAGUCUGAGAUUUUUUCAAUCCUCUUUUUCAGAAACAUCUGGCAGGUGGAUCAAAUGAAGAUUUUGGUAAGUACUGCUUCCAGCUUCGCCACGGUAGUGAUAACAAAUGUUUUCUUUUGGUGCCAUCGGCUAAUGGGAUUCCACUGCAAGAAUGGACAUAGUCAAUCACCUUAUGAAGGUUUGCAAUCUGAAACAAGUUGCUGGGCAAGAGAGAUGGGUAUCUUUGUGCAUAUGGUAGCCAUGGAAGACAAGCUGGUCUUGAAGAUGCUGAUGGACACAUAUGUUUUGAGAGGUCCCAACCCCACCUGGAGAUGCCAGCAGAGAUUGAGCCUGGGAGCUUUUGCCAUUCUGCCCUUCCCCUAUCGUACUGCAUUGCAUUUUGUUCAAGAUGCCAUUUAACCUGCAAUAAUUAUCUAACGAGCAAAUCUGAUCUCUCCUUCAGGCUGUCCUCGUAUUUCUUGUCUCCCUGACUUAUUCUUCAGCCAGUGAUGUAAGUCACCAUUUCUCAACGUUGGGAUGGGGAAAAGAGGCUGACCCCAUUUAAGGAGGUUACUUACUGUUUUAUGGGCAUCUCCACGGGGCAGCCUUUCCCAGAUGCCUGAUAGGACAGAUUAGGUUCUGAAGUCCAGGACGGGGGAGAAACUCACUCAGUCAGGUUCACAUUUUAGUAUGAACCCACCUGAUUUGAAUUUCUCAAAACAAUGUGAACAGAAACACAGCUAGCCUUCAGAAUUCACAUUUCUCUGAAUUUUGUGAUGCAGUUGUUGUUGGUUGUUGUUUUUUGUAGACAAAAAUGCAUCUGUUAAGAAAAACUGUGCAUAAAAACGAAUGUAUUAGUGAAAAUAGCAUGUGGAAAUGCAUGAUAUUAAGGGGAAUUACUUAAAAAACACAUGCAUAUCCGGCAAAGUCAGAAGCAAAAAUGUGCCACCCUGGUUUUCUUUGGCAUGGAUGAUGGCAGAAGGGGUGGGGGAGGGUGUCCCCCCAAACAAGGAGCUUGCCCCCCACUUGUCCAUCGCAUUGCUGGACUAUGUCAUUGCUGGAUGACAUUGCUGGAUAUGUCAUUGACAUAUACUGUUAUUUUUCUUUCAGAGGUCAGAACACAGUUCGUCUACCUGGAGAUAUACUUUGCCUUUUCUGUGCUCCUGCUUUUUUCUGUGGAGGAAAAGCGGGAGAUACAUUCAAUAAAUAAUACUAAAAAAUAAAUCUUCAUGAUGACUUGAUGUCCAGCUUUGAUACAGUCUACUUGAAAAAUUGUUGACGCCCCCUCCAUCCCCAGCCAAGGCAGAGUUUCAUAGCCCCCCCCCGCAUGCCUACCCCCUGCCUCGUUCAUUACAGCCCUUUUUUAAACUCCCUAGGUUAUUGCUGUAAAGCACCAAGGCAAUACCAACAUCAGCACCCACCAGGCGGUGAAGGUCAACCAGCAAGAUCAAACAGCCAAUAUCCACAACUAUAAUGGUUGGAACGGAUGGGAUGCCGUCUGGGAUUACCAAAAGGUAACCCCGCCCCCAAAAGCAGAUAGUAAUUCAGACCCACUAAUUCUGGACAGAUCCAUGGAGAUUUGAAUCUUUGGAUUUAUAAUUAAAAUCUCCUUUUUCUUGCAUUUGAUAGGGCCUUUUUGCUGCAAGGCUGUUUCGGAAGAGGGUCUGUGUUGUAGCAGCAAUGGAUUUCGAGCUAUUCCCAAGCCUGGAGACACUCCGCAGUUUCAAAGGGCAGAAGGUAUUGUAGUGGAAAUUUUAUGCUUUGAUUGGUAGCCUACAUGAGUAGAGAUGUAAACACUGCAAGAGUGUUUGAGAGGAUAUUAGGAGAAACUGCUUCCUCACACUGCCUUAUGAAUGUGUCCAGAUGAUGCAAUCUUGAUUUCCUACACCCAAUUGGGCUUGUGCAGACUGCUGAAUCGGUUCACCUUGGACUGAAAGAAUGAGCAUCUUACUAUAAAUUACCAAAAAACUAAAGUUGUGAUGUUUGGCAAAUCUAAGAAAAGUUACAAUUGCUUGCUCGAAGGAAAUACACUGGAGCAAGUAUUCUCAUUUAAGUAUCUCAGCCUGGUCUUUCAGUGGGCAGGCUAAUGGUCUGCACAGCUUCAAUCAAGCACCUUAUUUAGCUGGUAGAACUUUAAAUGGACUACUAUGAUUCCAGCCUACGAAAGGGGCAACUUGUUGCAGCCCACUUUAGAACUUCAUAAGACCAGGGUGUUGCCAGAGAUGUUCUAUGGAGCAUCACCGUGGGCCAUGGCCAAUUUUGAUUUACUGGAGAGACUCCUGCCAGUCCCUUUGUUGUUGUUUAGUCGUUUAGUCGUGUCCGACUCUUCGUGACCCCAUGGACCAGAGAACACCAGGCACUCCUGUCUUCCACUGCCUCCCGCAGUUUGGUCAAACUCAUGCUGGUAGCUUCGAGAACACUGUCCAACCAUCUCGUCCUCUGCCUUCCCCUUCUCCUUGUGCCCUCCAUCUUUCCCAACAUCAGGGUCUUUUCCAGGGAGUCUUCUCUUCUCAUGAGGUGGCCAAAGUAUUGGAGCCUCAGCUUCAGGAUCUGUCCUUCCAGUGAGCACUCAGGGCUGAUUUCCUUCAGAAUGGAUAGGUUGGAUCUUCUUGCAGUCCAUGGGCCUCUCAAGAGUCUCCUCCAGCACCAGAAUUCAAAAGCAUCAAUUCUUCGGCGAUCAGCCUUCUUUACAGUCCAGCUCUGACUUCCAUACAUCACUACUGGGAAAACCAUAGCUUUAACUAUACGGACCUUUGUCGGCAAGGUGAUGCCUCUGCUUUUUAAGAUGCUGUCCAGGUUUGUCAUUGCUUUUCUCCCAAGAAGCAGGCGUCUUUUAAUUUUGUGGCUGCUGUCACCAUCUGCAGUGAUCAUGGAGCCCAAGAAAGUAAAAUCUCUCACUGCUUCCAUUUCUUCCCCUUCUAUUUGCCAGGAGGUGAUGGGACCAGUGGCCAUGAUCUUUGUUUUUUUGAUGUUGAGCUUCAGACUAUAUUUUGCGCUCUCCUCUUUCACCCUCCCUACCUCUACCAAAAUAGCACUGCUCCCGGCAGAAUUGGGUGUAAUGCCCAUUCAAGCCAAAGCCCUUAGACUAGCUCUGCUUUUUUGGUUUAACCCCCCGCCCCCAAGCAUGUAUCAAAAUCCCUCAUGACAAUUUUGGAAGCCAUGACCCCAAACUCAUGGAAAUGUGAAAUGGAAUCUGCUGCCAUGAGGUUGGGACCUUCUGCCUCCUUUCUUGUGACUCAGGGUUUUGAGAGAGCUAAAGAAUUAAUACUCCAUCCCCCCCCCCAUUUCAUAUUUUUGAGAGAGCUAAAGAAUUAAUACUUCAAAGGCUUAGAGACACCAAGAUGCAUUCACAAACUACUGAGCUCAACAUCUGUCAAUCUAAGUGUAUGUUUUUUUUAUUCCAUUGUAUGCAUCCCUGCCAAGAUCAAUUUGCCAAAUGUUAAAAUGGGGAUAGCCUUUACACAGGCAAGACUAAACCUCCUUCCAUUAGCAGAUUCGACGGACUGACAUAAAGGAGUUCCUAAGGAGGACAGAGUUUGCGGCUGCAACUCUGAGUCAAGAGGAGACAUAACUCAUGUACUCCUCGAAUGCCCUUUUUUAUAAUGACCUUAGAAACAAUUACUUCCACCCAUUGUUAAGAUCACAGAAGGGAGGGAUGUCUCUUGCAAAGACCUGUUUUUUGAUGUCUGAUGUAGAGAGGUUUACAAUGGUACCUCGGGUUAAGUACUUAAUUCAUUCCAGAGGUCCGUUCUUAACCUGAAACUGUUCUUAACCUGAAGCACCACUUUAGCUAAUGGGGCCUCCUGCUGCUGCUGCGCCACCGGAGCACGAUUUCUGUUCUCAUCCUGAAGCAAAGUUCUUAACCCGAGGUACUAUUUCUGGGUUAGCAGAGUCUGUAACCUGAAUCGUAUGUAACCCGAGGUACCACUGUAUAUCCUUUAGAACAUCCAAAUUCCUUACCAAGGCUUUACAGAUUCGUGUAAUGAAACAUUGAAACUUAAAGGGGGAAUGAGAAAUUAUUUAUCCUGUAGACGUCAGGAAGUAGAAAUGUAAACCACUAUUAUUAGCAGCAUUCUUAUUAUUUUUAUGUGUGUAAUGGCUGCUCACUAAACACAAUAAAUUGAACUGAACUGAACUGAUCAAUGUGCCAAGAAUGUGCGGGAGAAUCUCAGCCUUGAGCUGGCCUGAUAGACAGUAGCCUGCCCUGUACUUCUGCUGAACCAGGCACCCAGCUCUGAUAAUGCAGACUUGAUUUACCUCUGUAGAAGCUCAUGAAAUUUAUAGGCCUGGGGACUCCACUUUUGUGGGUUCCCCAAACAGCCGCUAUUGUUCUGACCAAAUGAAGUUGUCCUAAACAUCACAAUGGUGUGUGGAAUGAAGAAAGACAGAUGCCAGCAGGAAAAUCUGCGGAUCACUCCCAUUAGCUUUAAAUCUGUUGCUGAAAUGGGAAACUCAACACCAGGCACGGUUCCAUUGUCUGGCACGGCCACCUCUUGUGAUUCUCUCCGGGUGCUGCCAUAAGCAGAACAGGCCUACAGAUGAGCCACAGGGAGGGCUAACAAAGGAAUUUGUGGAGGAAAUUGGGCAUAGAAGAUGGAUCAGGAAGGGAGCUGUUCAACAGUGGAAUGGACUCCCUCGGAAGGUGGUGGCCUCUCCUUCACUGGAGGAUUUUCAACAGAGGUUGGAUGGCCAUCUGUCAGGGAUACUUGAGCUGUGAUUCCUGCUUUGCAGGAGAUUGAGCUAAAAGAUCCUUCUUCAACAAUUCUAUGAUAAUUUUGGACAGGGCCGUCUUAAGCGUAUCCGGCGCCACGGUGCAAAGAUCCCUCUGGCGCCCCCCCCCUUUCCCAGAGUGCCAACCUUUUUUAGGGAGGACAGCGCUGCCGGCGACAGGUCCAGCUUUGCGGGGCUGGAGGAGGCGGGCAGCGGCUGGAGGGCAGCUCCUCCAGCGGGGAAGAGGCAGAGGCUGGACGUGGCGGCUCCUGGUUCAGCUGGCCGCUUCGUGCCACGGUGGCCAUGGCAGGUGGAGGCUCCUGGCGCGGCGCGGCAUGGCGGAGGUGGGCGAGGGUGGUGAGCUGAUGCUGGGAGGUGCCACGUCCAGCUUCUGCCUCUUCCCUGGCACCCUCCAGAACGUGGCGCCCUGGCGCCCUGCACCACUAGCCUCUAUGGGUAAGACACCCCUGAUUUUGGAAUGCAAUCUUUCCAGAGCCAGUGUGGUGUAGUGGUUAAGAGCGGUAGUCUCGUUAUCUGGGAAACCGGGUUCGCGUCUCCGCUCCUCCACGUGCAGCUGCUGGGUGACCUUGGGCCAGUCACACUUCUUUGAAGUCUCUCAGCCCCACUCACCUCACAGAGUGUUUGUUGUGGGGGAGGAAGGGAAAGGAGAAUGUUAGCCGCUUUGAGACUCCUUAAAGGGAGUGAAAGGCGGGAUAUCAAAUCCAAACUCCUCUUCUUCUUCUUCUUCUUCUUCUUCUUCUUCUUCUUCUACCUAAUUGAUGAAGAAUGGUUUUUAAAAAGUGAGGGAGAUUUUCAGCCCUGCACUAGAGCAUCUCCAUACAAGAUGGGUGACACCUGGCUUGAGAGCAGUACAUGUGAAAAGGAUCUAGGAGUCUUGGUUGACCAGAAACUUGACAUGAGCCAACAGUGUGACGCGGCAGCUAAAAAAGCCAAUGCAAUUCUGGGCCUCAUCAAUAGGAGUAUAGCAUCUAGAUCAAGGGAAGUAAUAGUGCCACUGUAUUCUGCUCUGGUCAGACCUCACCUGGAGUACUGUGUCCAGUUCUGGGCACCACAGUUCAAGAAGGACACUGACAAUCUGGAAAGUGUCCAGAGGAGGGCAGCCAAAAUGGUCAAAGGCCUGGAAACGAUGCCUUAUGAGGAACGGCUAAGGGAGCUGGGCAUGUUUAGCCUGGAGAAGAGGAGGUUAAGGGGUGAUAUGAUAGCCAUGUUCAAAUAUAUAAAAGGAUGUCACAUAGAGGAGGGAGAAAGGUUGUUUUCUGCUGCUCCAGAGAAGCGGACACGGAGCAAUGGAUCCAAAAUACAAGAAAGAAGAUUCCACCUAAACAUUAGGAAGAACUUCCUGACAGUAAGAGCUGUUCGACAGUGGAAUUUGCUGCCAAGGAGUGUGGUGGAGUCUCCUUCUUUGGAGGUCUUUAAGCAGAGGCUUGACAACCAUAUGUCAGGAGUGCUCUGAUGGUGUUUCCUGCUUGGCAGGGGGUUGGACUCGAUGCCCCUUGUGGUCUCUUCCAACUCUAUGAUUCUAUGAUUCUAUGAUCUCCAAGCAUGAUCUCUGAUCAUGAUAAAUUUCCACUAGUAAUUCCAAUUUUUUCAUCCCUCCCUGGCACAGCUGUCCAAGAGCACCCUUCCGGCGAGUGACUUAACAUUCUUGGUUGGCAAGACCCGUGUCCAGAACACUGUUCAGUUUGGAAGCCCCAUUGAGCAGCUCUGCAGUGGGAUUCCUGUGUACUACGCCUCCAAGGAGCAAGGUGGGGCAGGUUUCUCUUGCUCUCUAGCUGCAGAAAUGGCUGUGUGGGGUUAAACUCAGUGGGCAGAUAAUCUAGGCCAACCUGGUGCCCUCCAGAUGUUUUGGACUACAAUUCCCAUCACACAUACCCAGCCAGCAUGGCUGUAUGAUGCUGGGACUGGAAGGAGAUGUUGUCCAAAACAUCUGGAAGGGGACCAGGUUAAGGAAGUCAGUAAGAGAUCAUGACCACAGGCAGGAUGACACACAGAGGAGAGGAGGUGGCCUUCCUAUCCUUUCUAAAUGGUGUCCCCACUAGGGAGCAGGACAUCAAACCCCACUUGACAGUUGUGCAGGCUGGUCAAACUGCUCUUGGAAGGAUAGGCCUCAUCCUGGCUGCUGAGCCAAAGGGAGAAGUGAGCUCAGAUUAAGGUUCCUUUAAGCCGAUGAGUUUUUUGCUUAGAUGUCCUGCUCCUACCAUUUUCUGUACAGCACAGGGAAUACCUCUGCUGAUCUGAACCCAUUUCAGGCCUCUAGGUCAGUGGAUUCCAAAGAGGGCAGUAGUGCCCCCCAUAUAUCGGGGGGGGGCCCUCUAAGAGGCAAGGGGAUAGAAGGGGGGCACUGGAGGGGCAAAAGCUGGUAUCACAGGAUCAAGUUCAUUAGUUUUGUUGAAUUCAUUAAACAAAAUAGUUUAAACCGGAUUUUGGAUAAAUGUGCAGUUAAUUCCUACUGUUUGGAAUUUUAUUGUGUCACUGUCUUCCUUAGUGGGUUGUGCAAACCCCUAUUCGGAAUACAGUCGUACCUUGGAUCCUGAACACCUUGUGAGUCGAACGUUUUGGCUCCCGAAUGCCGCAAACCUGGAAGUGAGUGUUCCGGUUUGCGAAUGUUCUUUGGAAUCCAAACGUCUGAUGUGACUUCCAUAGCUUCUGAUUGGCUGCAGGAGCUUCCUGCAGCCAAUCAGAAGCCGCACCUUGGUUUCUGAACAUUUUGGAAGUCAAACAGACUUCCGGAACGGAUUCCAUUCGAUUUCCGAGGUACCACUGUAAUGGGUAAGGGAGGGGUCACUGGAACUGGGGUUGGGGUGGGUGGUCCAAAAAAGUUUGGGAACUACUGACCUAGAUAUUUCCACCUGAAGGAACCUUGGGAUUUGGGGCUGUGUAGAAGGGUAAAAUACUACCGUAAGAAAUUAAUCACCAGCAAACACACACAAACACACACACACACACACACACACACACACUGCCAAGACUUUUGUAGGGAACAGUUGCAUGAUAGCCAAACUCAUUCCAAGCCAGUUUAAGCUUCUUGUGUAGACGUGAUUCAAGCUGACUUUGCAGAGUGUGUAGAACAUGGGUCAGCAAACUAAGGGCUGCAGGCCAGAUCAGGCCCAAUUGCCCUCUGGAUCCGGUCCGUGGACGGUCCUAGAAUCGCUACUUGGAUCGGUGUGAUCAUUUGGGCUGCGCCAUAUUUUUUUUGCAUUUUUUUCGGGCGCCAUCCCCCCACCCCUCACACACCCCUCCUCCCUCCUUCUUGCUUCUCCCCACCCUGCGGAGGAAGGGAGAUGGGCUUUGAUUGGUGCCAGCUAAUCCGAAGCCUCGCUGCCCGCAUGCUGAGGCGCAGUCCAGACUCGCCACCAACUCACUGGCCGCUCCAUCCAUGGCCACGGUAUGGGCAUCGUGACGGGCACAUCGUGGGGCAUUGGCUGGAGCUUGGCACGCCUGCUGGCCCCAUUCCCAGGGAAGCUGGCCCGGAAAGGAGAGGCGACGCCACCGCCACCGGCUCCCAACCGCAGGCAGAGUGGUGGAGGAGGUAGGAAAGCAGGGGGAGGGGAGGGGCUGGGGGGAGACAGGAGCCCCCCUCCGCUGUGUGUGCGCACAUGUGCAGUCUGGCCCGCCACAAGGUCUGAAGGGCGGUGAACCGGCCCCCACCUAAAAAAGUUUGCUGACCCCUGGCGUAGAAGCUGCUUAGGGGUGCAGGACCUGCAGUUAUUUUCCAGGCCCCCAAUUUGGAAAGGCCAGCCAUGUCUUGGAGAUGCCAGCACUGUGUCUGAUGCUUCUUUGCUAAUAAUUGUGUUGUGUUUUCCCCCUUCACAGGAGCCAACCUCCCCUUGCAGAGUCGAGGGUGUGCGAAUGUCGGGAUCCUACGUGGCUUAUUCAACAUCUAUCUCUGCGGCAACAUUCCAAGUUGCUAA